AUGGCGGACGACGGCGUAAUUUAGCCUGCAUAGGACAUAUGCUGUUUAUUUAACAUGAAGAAUUUCAUUUUUGUGGGAUUUGUUUUCCAAUUUUGCAUCUGCAACCCAGGAACUGCUUUGUAUUCUUUAGAAAAACUGAAAAUCUACAAUUUCUUUUUUGAGCCGUAUGGAAUAAUUUUUCGAAGCGAUCUCAUCUUGAAUACUUCACCAGACUCUAGCAACUGUACAGAUCAAAAAGAGGCCUAUGACAACUGCAGAACGAUUGCUUCGAGUCUGCACGAUGAGAAGCUUCAGAAUUUGUCAAACAUAUGUCCCAGAAGCAGUUAUAAUUGUUUACAUAAUUACACAAUGAAUUCACACCCUGAAUUCAGAACAUGGCUUAGGAAAGUGCAGACUACAGUGGAAAAUUUGUGCAAAAAUCACUGUUGGAAAACUAUGCAGCUUAUCACUAAGAAGUGCAUCUUGACAGGAAAAUCAAUGAUAAAGGAGGAUGACCAAAAGUACAUCCUGUUUGUGAAUGAAGUUCUCAAGUCUCUCUGUCAGCAGGAUGGAAUUUCUUCAUGUGCUAAUAACUUCAUUAAUGGGCUACUGAAGAAUGAAACAGGAAGUUCACUCCAGAUUUGUAAUGUUCCCCAAAACUUGAAGGAAAAUAUGUGUUCAAGCCAGUGUCAUAAGGAUGUGGGGAACUUUUAUAACACCCUUGGCUGCUGUGUUGGGUCAGUUUUGAACAUCAUGGAUUGCUACAGAAUCAAACCAAGGAGCAACAGUUAUGGGGUUUUUGUAAAAGAUGGGAAGAGGUGUAACUUAUACAAAAUGCCACCAGCAUGCACAGCAAAUCCCAAGUGCUCAUUAACACCUUCAGGAAAUCCCACCUCACCUCUGGCAAAAAAUUCAUUGGAAGGGAAGCAGAUUGCAGGUGUUGUUAUUGCUGUGCUGAUCUGUUCUGCUGGAGCUGCAAUUGUUGGAAACUACUUUUACAGGCGCAUGAAGAGAAGGCAAGCAAUUCGCUUUGAAGACUACGGCUACUCAAGACUCAAGAUGCUUGAGGAUGAUUUUUACCAUGAUGUUGAGGAUGAUGAUGACGAAAACUCUGGAUUAGUUCAGAUGUAGCACUGCUGUUUCCCUGGCAGGAAACAUUCCUGAAAAUGCUUAUUUUAUAGAAUGGAAUCAGAUGAAAGUCUAGAGGAUCCUAGAUAACUCAAGAGUAUCUUGACGUAAUAUAGUUCUAAUUGUGAAAUUUUGAUACAACCAAAACUUUUUUAAAAUAGAAAUGAUGGUUGUCAUGUUCUCCUGAACUUCACAGCUGCCAAAUCUUAAGAGAACAUAUCAAGUCCAUUAAUGAAAGUUCAAUUUUGUAUUUUUAUAAUUAGAAGGUAUUUAAAACCUAGCUAUAAAGAUUUACAUUAAUACCAGUAUUUCUACAUAUAGGAAGCAAAAUCCAAGGAAGUCGCUUUUGUUAAAUUAGAUUAUGUAUUGAAAUCUCAUGCGGAUAUAAAAUCAAGAAACACAGUAGUAAGGCUGAAGAAAGUAACUAUUGAUCACCUGGUCAGCUUGUCUAUUUGGUUUGUGUGGAACAUAAGUGACUUGAGGAAUAAAAUU